AUGGCUCUUAAAAGGGAAAUCAACAUAUAUGAACCAGCCAGUGGAAGAGACAUGAAUGAUAAAGAAGUGUUGUUGGAUGAAUCAGAUGAAGUUUGGCUUGAAUUAAGACAUCAACAUAUUGCUGUAGUGUCACAGCAAGUUACUAAAAUGUUAAAGAAGUUUGCUGAGAACAAGAAACUGUCUUCAAGUGGGGAUAAAACCUCAGUACGAGAUCUUUCUGUGAUGUUAAAAAAGAUGCCACAAUAUCAGAAAGAACUGAGCAAGUAUGCAACUCAUCUGCACUUGGCUGAAGACUGCAUGAAACAUUAUCAAGGAUAUGUUGAUAAACUGUGCAAAGUGGAACAGGACUUAGCAAUGGGAACUGAUGUAGAUGGAGAAAAGAUACGUGAUCAGAUGAGAAAUAUUGUCCCUAUAUUGCUGGAUUCUAACGUCACAGCAUAUGAUAAGAUUAGAAUUAUUUUACUCUACAUUAUCGGCAAGAAUGGUAUCAGUGAAGAAAACCUGGCAAAGUUAAUUCAGCAUGCCCAGAUACCAGAUCAAGAGAAGUGUAUCAUUCCCAAUAUGACACAUUUAGGAGUACAGAUUAUACAGGAUAGUGGUAAACGUAAGCAUAAACAAUUGGAAAGAAAAGAAAGAAUCACUGAGCAUACCUACCAGAUGUCCAGGUGGUGUCCUGUUAUUAAAGAUAUAAUGGAGGAUGCAAUCACAGAAAAGUUGGAUACGAAAAUAUUUCCUUAUUUGUCAGGAAGAGCUGCAGGACCAACAUAUACAUCAUCCGCAGCAAGAAG